UAAUCUUCCCCAUCCAGACAUCUCACAGUGGGAGACAGAGAGAGCAGAAAUGGCUAAGGCUAAGCAAGGACAGAGAUGUGGCCGAGUAGUGUUAGUGCCAUGUCCAUUCCAAGGCCAUAUCAGUCCUAUGCUUCAGCUAGCAACCAUUCUUCAUUCCAAGGGUUUCUCUAUCUCCAUUGUUCACACCAAAUUCAACUCUCCUAAAACCUCUAGCCACCCAGAAUUCGAUUUCCGACCUAUACAGGAAGGUUUAUCCAGUUAUGAAAUUGCCUCUUUGAACUUAGUAGAUAUUAUAUUAGUUCUUAAUGAGAAGUGCAAAAUACCCUUCCAGGAAUGCUUGCUUCAGAUGAUAAUGCAACAGAAUUCAGAUGAUGAGAUUUCUUGCAUCAUUUAUGAUGAUCUCAUGUACUUUUCUGAAUCUGUUGCUUAUCACCUGAACAUUCCAAGCAUCGUUUUGCGUACUAGCAGUGCAGCCACCGUCAUUUCUCGACUUGCCAUUCUUCAACUCAGUUCAGAAGGUUACGUUCCCUUUCCAGAUGCUGUGUCAAACGACCCAAUUCCUGAAAUUAGUACCUUAAGAUACAAGGAUCUACCAAUUUUCAAGCUAGGACCACGAGAAAAUUUCUACCAACUGAUGGCUAAUGCAUGUGAUAUAAAAACAUCGUGUGCUGUGAUUUGGAAUACAAUAGAUUGCCUUGAAGAAUCACUCCUGACGAAACUACAAAAAACGCAAUUCCCAAUUCCAAUCUUCACAAUAGGCCCUAUGCAUAAAUUUGCACCAGCCUUUUCUUGUAGUCUAUUGAAAGAGGACACCAGUUGCAUUACAUGGCUUGACAAGCAAGAUCCUAACUCAGUUCUUUACAUAAGCUUAGGAAGUGUAGCUUCAACAGAUGAAACAGAGUUAGCUGAAAUGGCAUGGGGUCUCGCAAACAGUAAGCAGCGUUUCUUGUGGGUGAUCAGGCCUGGUUCAGUGUCGGGUUCAGAAUGGAUUGAGUUCUUGCCUAAGGGUUUCCUGGAAACUGUUGGAGAAAAAGGUUGCAUCGUAAAAUGGGCACCACAGAGGGAAGUGUUGGCACAUCCAGCAGUAGGAGGGUUUUGGAGCCAUUGUGGGUGGAAUUCCGCAUUGGAAAGUAUAUCUGAAGGUGUUCCAAUGAUUUGCAGGCCAUGUUUUGGAGAUCAAAUGGUAACUGCAAGGUAUGUGAGUCAUGUUUGGAGAAUAGGUUUGAUAUUAGAGAACAAGAUAGAGAGAAAGGAAAUAGAAAGUGCAGUAAGAAGGCUAAUGAUGGAUGAAGAAGGAGAAGAAAUGAGAAAGAAAGCUGAAGAAUUAAAGGAAAAAGUUGAAGGUUGUUUCAAGAAAGGUGGUUCCUCUUACAAUUCUUUGAACAAGUUAGUAGAGUUUAUGUCAGCUUAAUUGAUUAGCAGUGUAUAUUUGAUUCAGUUCAAUCACAAUUGCCCAUUUAAUGUACUUUGAUGAAUAAAGGGAAUGUAAAAGUCUGAAUAAAAUGGUUGCAUUCAGUAAUUCAUUAUUUAA